UACAUCUUGGAUGCCCUUGUGGUAAGCAGAUAAACAUCAAAUUUUUAUUUUUGGGUGAACUAUCCCUUUAAAGUCUGUGAAUCAGGACACAUAGUUCUGCAUUUUAUUUGUUCAAACAAGAGUUUUUACCACUCUCUACCACUAGAGGGUAGGAUCACAUUUAAAAUGGCUAGAUGAAAUAUGUGACUGUGUCUACACCCCCUCUUACAAUGUAACCAGAAAUUUUAUCUUAAAAAAAUCAAGCAGUUUUAUAUCAAUGACUUUUAUAUCACAUAUUUGUAUGUGACUUUUUUUUUUGGAUAUUUUACAGUUAUUCUGUAAUAAUUGAAACAAUGCCACAUUGUGUUCAUGAAAAUAUGCAAGUCAGCAGCACAGUGUCAUUUAAAGUGUGUUCAUUUUAGCUAUUUUUGCUGUAUUGAUAAUGGCUUUUAAUGGAUUGCAGAUUUAUUUAUGUUUUGGUGCAUAUUCUUGUAUACAUUAAUGUUGCUAAUUUAUUUGUCUCUGGAAAUGUUUUAUUAAUUAAACCUUUUAAGGUAAUAGGUAAUUAGCUUUUUAAUCUAUAAUCUAUGUUACUGUAUAUUUUAUUUCAUUUCUUAGUGUUAACUAAGUUAUAAAAACACAUUUUCAUUACCUCACCAUUGCUUUUUUGUUGUCUCAAAACACAAGACUAUGAAGAUAUAACAGACAAUUAGACUUGUAUUUAUUAUUUUAAAAUCAUAUCCCACAACUUGAUUUAAUAGUUAUAAAUCUUUAAUAGCAUUGAAAAUUAAAUUAACCCCUACAAAAAAUAUGUAAUGGUUUAUUAAAGACAAAACAUCCCAUAAUAAUAUACACCUCUAUUUUCCUAAAGAAUGGACCUACAGACAGCUUAAUUCAUUCACAAGAACACUAAUAAAUAAAUAAAAAAUAUUACAUGAUCUGUGGACAGGGAAUACUUUGUCACUCGAUCGCUGGCUUGCUUUAAAAUCUAACAGAGAUGGCACGUUUAUUUGAAUAAUUCAUUCAUAAUCAUUACAUAAAGCCAAAGAUAUCCAGAGAGAAAAAAAGUGAAGAGUCAGUAUGUUGGGGAUAUGAAAAGCCAUUAGCCCAUAUACAGCCAUGUGUGUGUCAGAAUAAAGUCCAACGAUGGUAUUAUGGACCAGAGUAUGGCUAUACAUCCACGUGACCGUGAGGUCAACUAGAUUAUCUUAUAAAAAGUAAAAAAUCUAACAUAUAAAUCAUUAUGACGAGACCAGAAGGGUCUCGCACCAGAUUGUUUCAUAAAAGCAGACGGUCUGAACGCAGAGAACUAUAUCCAGCAGUGCUCACAUUAAAAAUAUAUACCGGUCCAUUCCUCUCAGAGACUUCUCAAAUGCAUGCAUGUGGUAAUCCCAAUCUGUACCCAUUAGAGAGAGAGAGAGAGAGAGAGAGAGAGAGAGAGAGAGAGAGAGCGAGCGAGCAAGCAAGGAAGAGAGCGAGAGUGAGUGAGUGACCGAGUGUCUGAGAGAGGGAGACAGAAAGCGAGAGAGUGAGCGAAAGAGACAGACAGAGUGAGGGGGCUUUUAAAGGAUUUGACAGUGAUUUGUAGAAUCACAGUUGUGGAAUGUUCGGGCUUUUCCACCUUUUCCAUCGUUUUGUAGUUUCCUGAAGCUCUCAAUACUCUCAACAUUAAAAUCCCACCUUAAUCAAAUGCAUCUUUAGAUUGUCGUUGUGUGAGAAGACUGUGGACGUUUUAAGAUGAGAGCUGAAGACUCGGAUGUUGGGGACAUCUGUCGUGCUUCAAAACACUCCAACUUCAGCUCCAGAUGGGCGCACACCGGCAGCAGCAUCAGUCGGAGACACAGGUAGAGAAGAAAGCGUUGUGCUGUAGCAGAAGAACCAGCCCCUUGCAUGGCAGCAACUAUGACGUCACAGCAACAUGCAUCAUCACUAUGCCAUCCUCACUGCAGGAUCAGCAGGGCGCCCAGACAACACGUGGGCUCCCUGGUUCACGUCAUGUGGAUAGUGAUGAUGGGAUUUACUCCAGAAUCCUGGGCCUCCUCCUCAGGAACUCAUUCCAUAAAGAUUGAGGGUGACAUCACUCUGGGAGGGCUUUUUCCGGUGCAUUCCAGGGGCCCUGCUGGUGUUCCAUGUGGGGAAAUUAAGAAGGAGAAGGGGAUCCAUCGUAUGGAGGCCAUGUUGUAUGCGCUGGACCAGAUCAACAGCGACCCAGACCUGCUACCUAACAUUACCCUGGGUGCCAGGAUACUGGACACAUGCUCCAGGGAUACGUAUGCGCUGGAACAAUCCCUCACCUUUGUCCAGGCCCUCAUCCAGAAAGACAACUCAGAUGUUCGAUGUUCCAAUGGAGAGCCACCCAUCAUCCCAAAACCAGAGCGUGUGGUAGGGGUCAUCGGGGCUUCGGCCAGCUCAGUGUCCAUAAUGGUGGCUAACGUUCUUCGGCUGUUUGCGAUACCUCAGAUCAGUUAUGCUUCAACAGCACCUGAACUUAGUGACAACAAUCGCUAUGACUUUUUCUCCCGAGUCGUGCCGCCAGAUUCCUUCCAGGCCCAGGCGAUGGUGGACAUUGUUAAAGCCAUGGGAUGGAACUAUGUUUCUACUCUGGCAUCAGAGGGGAACUAUGGAGAGAGUGGUGUAGAUGCUUUCAUCCAGAUAUCCAGGGAAGCAGGAGGUCUUUGCAUCGCACAGGCCAUUAAAAUUCCUAGGGAGCCAAGACCAGGAGAGUUUGACAAGAUCAUCAAAAGGCUAAUGGAGACAUCCAAUGCCAGAGGGGUUAUUAUCUUCGCUAAUGAAGAUGACAUCAAGCGGGUCCUGGAAGCAGCAAAGAAAGCCAAUCUUACAGGUCACUUUUUGUUUGUGGGAUCUGAUAGCUGGGGAGCAAAAAACUCACCAAUCCUGAACCAGGAGGACGUGGCUGAGGGUGCAGUUACCAUCCUCCCCAAGCGGGCGUCCAUUGAUGGGUUUGACCAGUACUUCACCACAAGAUCUCUGGAAAACAACAGGAGGAACAUCUGGUUCGCUGAGUUUUGGGAGGACGACUUCAAAUGCAAACUGACACGGCCUGGAAUCAGAGGAGAGAGCGGGCUGAGGAAAUGCACAGGAGAAGAACGAAUCAGCCGGGAUUCGGCAUACGAGCAGGAAGGGAAAGUGCAGUUUGUGAUUGAUGCCGUGUAUGCCAUGGCCCACGCUCUCCAUAGCAUGCACAUAGACCUUUGUCCAGGUUCAAUGGGCGUUUGUGACAAAAUGGACCCUGUGGAUGGAAGAAUGCUGCUGAGCUACAUCCGUGCUGUCAAUUUUAAUGGCAGUGCCGGUACAGGUGUGAUGUUUAAUGAAAACGGUGACGCCCCAGGACGAUACGAUAUCUUCCAGUACCAGCUUUCCAAUACCACCAGCCCGGGAUAUAAACUCAUUGGCCAGUGGACCAACCACUUACGACUUAAUGCUGAGGAAAUGCAGUGGUCUGGAGGGGAUAAAGUGGUUCCAGAUUCAGUUUGCAGCUUCCCCUGUGAGUCUGGGGAGAGGAAGAGGAUGGUGAAGGGUGUGCCAUGCUGCUGGCACUGUGAACUAUGUGACGGCUAUCAGUACCUACUGGACGAGUUUAACUGUGACAUGUGUCCCUUUGACAUGAGGCCCACCCCUAACCGCACGGGCUGCCGACCCACUCCCAUCAUCAAGCUGGAGUGGAGCUCUCCGUGGGCCAUUAUCCCGGUAUUUCUGGCAGUGCUGGGCAUUCUUGCUACAUCAGGAGUCAUCAUCACCUUCAUCCGCUUCAACGACACCCCCAUAGUCCGUGCAUCAGGACGAGAGCUCAGCUAUGUUCUCCUGACGGGCAUCUUCCUCAUCUAUCUCAUCACUUUCCUUAUGAUCGCCGAGCCAGGCUCCGUGGUGUGCGCGUUCCGCAGGCUGUUUUUGGGGCUGGGCAUGAGCAUCAGUUACUCUGCCAUGCUCACAAAAACCAAUCGAAUCUACAGGAUCUUUGAGCAGGGAAAGAAAUCAGUCACGCCACCAAAAUUUAUCAGCCCCACGUCCCAGCUGAUCAUCACAUUUAUACUGAUCUCAGUACAGCUCCUGGGUGUUUUCAUUUGGUUUGGAGUGGUUCCCCCUCACACGAAUGUCGACUUCGAUGAGCUACGUCCCCCCAACCCAGAGUAUGCCCGUGGGAUCCUGAAAUGUGAUAUGUCAGAUCUGUCUCUGAUUGGCUGUCUGAGCUACAGUAUGGUGCUGAUGGUCACAUGUACAGUCUACGCCAUUAAGAGCAGAGGGGUGCCUGAGACAUUCAAUGAGGCCAAACCCAUCGGCUUCACCAUGUACACCACCUGUAUCAUCUGGUUGGCCUUUGUUCCCAUAUUUUUCGGCACAUCACAAUCCACAGAAAAGAUGUUUAUUCAGACCACCACGCUGACCGUGUCCAUGAGCUUGAGUGCCACGGUGUCCCUCGGCAUGCUGUACAUCCCUAAAGUCUAUGUCAUCAUCUUCCACCCAGAGCAGAAUGUUCAGAAGCGCAAGCGCAGCUUCAAAGCCGUGGCCCAGGCAGCCACUGUUUCCACUCAUCUCUCGCAGAAAUCCAACGACAAGCAGAACGGAGAGACCAAAGCUGAACCAGAUAGAUCCCAAUAAAGACCAGAAGGUCACCAAGGCCUGUGUACAUCCUAAUGAAGUAGCCUGAGGAGAUAGUCAAGGCAAACUGCUGUUUGCUAAAUCAUUCAUUUUGCAACCUCAACUGGACAAGGAUAACCAGAGGAUGUAACAUCUGCAACAAGAGAAGAGUCUGGGUGAGAAUAACACUGAAAUAAGUAAUUAAUAGUACAAUAUGUACAGAAAUUAAAUACAGAGGAUCAAUGGAUUCUGUUUGAUGUGGAACUUUCAUGCAGCUUUGAGACUGGAACGUAUUUGUCCCCUUUAAUAUUUCCCUUUUAUCAUCACGGCAUCACCAACCAAGUUGAACUUAUAGAUUCAUGAAUUCCUGAUGAAGACUGUCCAAACAAAGUACCUUUGGAGAAAAACAACAGAAAACUAAACUUCCACCAGCAUUUAUUGAAGGACUGAGUGUUUGUAUCUGAUUUAUCCAAAUGGAAUCGGACAUGAGCACAUUAAUAAGUCACAUUCGGUUCAUCCUUAUGCUAAGUACAUAUCAGAAAUGAUCACACAUGUCUGUCAGAACUACAGACAAUGUUGGGAUCAAUUGUGUUUCAACGGUCCAGCCAGUAGAACACAGAUACAUGGAGGUUUCACUCUUUUUGAACUCUUUGCUUUCGAAAAUGUGCCAUAACUUUAUGUUUCAGAAUAAAUGUUUUAAGUGUCUUGUGUGCAAUCCUCAUAAUAGGCAAUCCUGCAUUCUAAAUCAUAUUUAUUAAAAAUGAUAGAUUAUCAAGAAAAAACAACGACAAUCUGUAAAGACAACAAAGUUUUGAUUAGAGAUGUUUAGUUUUAUCAUGUUUCCUUGAGCUCCCCAAGAGAUACUGAUUUUAAACAAAGUGUAUGCUAAUGAUCAGUAUUUAAUGGUUGAUUUAAAUGAAAAUAGUAACAAGUCGACUUUAGAGACUGACAUUCAGAUCCUUUUAUUGUCACAUGCAAGUAGUCACUUAUAUAUUUUGCAUUAUAGCAAAUGGGAAAAAGACCAUGCAUUAAGUACAUUGUUUGAUUAGUGGUAUUAUUUCAAGAAGCAGUUAAUAUUAAUUGAUGAUGAACAUGCAGUUACUGUAAACUCAGGUUCCAAGUUGGCUUACUUAGCCUUUAUGAAUUUUGUGGGUGUCUUGUUUUCAUUUAAGAGAAAAAAGAAAAACACUGGAAUAAAAAUGUAUUGGUUGAAUGCAUGUUGGGGGAAAUGAUUUAAUAAAAUCCUGAAAAAUUA